CGCCUGCUUUGGGCGGGGUUGCCCUCUCGGCGCCAUGUUGACUAUUGGUUGCUGAGGUCUCAAAGGGAUCUUUGAGCAUGCGUAGAACAAGUCGCCGUCCCACAACCAGAGACUGCUACUUUUCUGGGCGGUUCUCUGUAAAGGUUUCCGGAGCAGCCUGCAAAACAUCUGGUUGACACACUGAUCUCUUCUGUUUAGACAGUCUCCCACGUCUCGGUCUGCCAGUGUACCCCUCGCGGAAGACGCUGGAAAGGUGCUUGACUGAAUCAGCUUCUAAAGAUUUCUUUGCAGCACCUGGCUAGAAGGCCCCAGUAGCAGGAAAUGGCCAAACCCCAGGAACUAGUGACAUUUGAGGAUGUAGCUGUGGAUUUCACCCAGGAAGAGUGGCAAUACCUGAACCCUCCAGAGAGGACCCUGUAUAGAGAUGUGAUGCUUGAGACCUACAGCAACCUCAUUUCUGUGGUUAAGGUGACUUCCACAGGCUCUGAGGACCAAAGAGGUAUCUACCAGUUAUCAUCCUCAGAACAGCAUGUUACUAAACCAGAUCUCAUUAUCAAGCUGGAGGUAGAAGAACCAGACCCCGAAGAUGGGGAAAUUCAAAUUCAGAGCUUCCCAGAAGUCUGCCAAGUUAAUGAACAGCUUGAGAAACAACAUUGGGAUAACCAAAAUAAGUAUUUGUUGAUGCAAGUUGGAUUCCCUGAUGACAAAAUAAUUACCAAGAGUGGCCAGAACUAUACUGAAUUUGGAAACACAUUCCAUCUGAGUACAAGCCUUGUUGUUCCAAUGCAAAGAUCCCAUAAAUUUGAAUCGUUUAGAAAUAAUAUGGUAGAUAAUUUAAAUUUACUUAGUAGAAGCUCUACAGAAAAUAAACAUGAUACUGAGUGUGCAAAAUUAUUCUUCCAUGCAGAAUAUGAAAAACCUAAUUUCAUAGUGAACUCCUGUGGAUAUAAAGAAUAUGAAAAAACCUUCAGGAGAAAGAAAGGCCUUAGCCUUCAUCAAAGAAUUAAAAAUGGAGAGAAACCUUUUGAAUGUACUGCAUGUCAGAAAACCUUCAACAAAAAGUCACACCUCAUUGUACAUUGGAGAACUCACACAGGAGAGAAACCAUUUGAAUGCACUGAAUGUGAGAAAGCCUUUAGCCAAAAGUCUCAGCUCAUUAUACACCUCAGAACUCACACAGGAGAAAGACCCUUUGAAUGUCCAGAAUGUGGCAAAGCCUUCAGAGAGAAGUCAACUGUCAUCAUACAUUACAGAACUCAUACAGGAGAGAAGCCUUAUGAAUGUAAUGAAUGUGGGAAAGCCUUUACUCAGAAAUCAAACCUCAUUGUCCAUCAAAAAACUCACACAGGAGAGAAAACCUAUGAGUGUACCAAGUGUGGGGAAUCUUUCCUACAGAAACUUGACCUAAUUAUACACCAUAGUAGUCACACAGGUAAAAAGCCUCAUGAAUGUAAUGAGUGUAAGAAAACAUUUGGUGAUAAGUCAACCCUCAUUACACAUCAGAGAACUCACACUGGAGAGAAACCUCAUAAGUGUACUGAAUGUGGGAAAUCUUUCAAUGAGAAGUCAACCCUCAUUGUGCACCAAAGAACUCACACUGGUGAAAAGCCCUAUGAGUGUAAUGUGUGUGGAAAAACUUUCACCCAAAAAUCAAAUUUGGGUGUGCAUCAAAGAACUCAUUCAGGAGAGAAACCGUUCGGUUGUAAUGAAUGUGAGAAAGCCUUCUCUCAGAAAUCUUACCUCAUGCUACAUCAGCGAGGGCACACUGGAGAGAAGCCCUAUGAAUGCAGUGAAUGUGAAAAGGCAUUUUCCCAGAAGUCCUAUCUCAUUAUACAUCAAAGAACUCAUACAGAAGAAAAACCCUACACAUGUAAUGAGUGUGGAAAGGCCUUUCGAGAAAAGUCAAAGCUCAUUAUCCAUCAGAGGAUCCACACAGGAGAAAAGCCGUAUGAAUGCCUCGUGUGCUGGAAAGCUUUCAGCCAGAAGUCACAGCUCAUCAUCCAUCAGAGAACACAUACAGGAGAAAAGCCCUAUGAAUGCAUAGAAUGUGGCAAAGCUUUCAGGGAAAAAUCCACAUUCACUGUACAUCAGAGAACUCACACUGGAGAGAAGCCCUAUAAGUGUACAGAAUGUGGUAAAACCUUUACCCAGAAAUCCAACCUUAUUGUACAUCAGAGUACCCAUAUAGGAAAGAAAGCCCAUAGAAGAGGCCACACCCAUAAGUCAAAGUUCACUACACAAUAGUCAACAAAGCAAUAGUGUCUUUCAGAUAUCUGAAAGAAAAGAUCUAUUAAUUUAAUGUUUAAAAAGAAUGACCUGAAUUCUAGCCUAAUCAUUGGAAUAAAGUCAGCAUUUCCUUUCAUCUUUUUUACCCUAAUGCAAGUGGAAAAAGAAGCAGAUAUGUGAUUCCUUUGGAAACUGCUGCACUUAUAGGCCUGCCAGACUAAGAGGCAAGACAUUUAAGGUCUUCAGAAGUGAGACAGCAUAGCUAAGAACUCUGUUAAAGAUAGAGUUACACCCUAAAGUCCAUUACUGUGACAAAGACCUUGUUGAGGCCUGAGGAGAAACAGGUAGGCAAAUCUUGUAUUUUCAGAAAGUAAUCUGACAGAUUUUAGGGGGAACUGGGACAAAUAAAGGGAUAUAGUUGGUCUUGUUUACUGAUUUGGGGAAAGUAAAGUCUGAAAGAACUAAUACAUGGUAAGAGGUAUCUCAGCUGUUUGAAAAUCUUAUCUGUCUACAAUAUGGUCCUGACAUCUUCCCCACAAGAACCUUUGACAAAUAGGAAGUCCAGGGACAACCUUUCUCAUUCAAAUAAAAGCAUUUAAAAGUAAUCAAAACCAAAAAUAAAUGUCCACUUCUAGGAAUACAUAUACUCAGAUGUGUACAAAAUGAUCAAAACACAGGCAUUUGUUGAUGCACUGUCUUAAAAUAAAAGAUUAGAGGCUGUUCAAAUUGCAUAACCUGGAUUCUGCUUCCUGAAACUGAUAUAUUCAUACAGCAGACUCCUCAAAGACAAAAAUGGACAAAAAGAACAUGGAUAUCAUUUCUCUAGUGAUUUGAGAUAAUCCCCAAGUUACAUUAGAUAGGAAAAAGAAGGUGCAGCACAGUGAGUUUGAUGUGCUACCAUUUUUACAUAAAAAGGGGGAAAUGGUAAGUACAGAAUUGAUUAUAUGUACAUUUUUUGUUUGUUUUUCCUUUCUGUUUUUGGAAAGGAAUAUAAGAAUCUGAUUACCAUUAUUAACUUACAGAGGGAAAGGGGACAGUAGGUGACUAGGGAAGUGAAACUUAGAGACACCUUUGUAUUCUUUUAAAGCUGUGGAAAAUAAAACAGUGUGGAAAUGCUACCUUUUUGAAAAAUAAAUCUUUAAAACCACAUUUUAUUCCUUUAAUGGUUACUCUAGAUACAGAAUUCAUAAUACUUACUGUAUAGAAGCUUGAGAGAGUUUAAUUUAUUUUCAGUAUUCACUGAAAUUGAAUAACCAGGCAAACAGGGAAACAAAAAGUUUUCAAUCAAUUACUAAUAUGUGUAAGUAUUUUUUCCUUUAAGCAUCAAUUAAAGUAAACUGGGGUCACCUGGGAUCAUAUUACAUCUGCCAAAAUAACUGAAACUAGAAUACAUCUCAUAUUUAGGGUACACAUUGACACCUGUGGGAAGUUAUUACAGUCCACUGAUAUCUUCUCAAAUCUUAUUUUCAGCUACUCCAUAUACACACACUGAUUUUACAAAAAGCAUAAAAUACCAAUUCAACGAGAGGUAGAGUAGCCUGUUCCAGAUAUCACACUAGUGCUGGUGACACAUAUUUUCCAAGAUAUGAGAUGAAAUUGAGACCCAUAAGAAAAAUAUAACAUUUGCUGCAGAACAAAGGUCUUGUUUGUGAAUUACUAUAUUUGUAGCGCUCUUGCAAAUGUGGCUAUUCAUUGAGUCUUUGUCUAGCAUUAGUAGGCAACGCAAGCUACAUAAAACCUGGAGGUCAGCAGGGCUUAUAUUGAUCAAAACAGAUGAAUUAGGCUUGAGUGUGUUUGCAAAACCACUCAUUUUUUAAGAGUGUGUUUGUGUAUGAACAUGCAUGUAUGUAUAUAUGCAUGUUGAAGCAAGGGAGUCACUCCAAUUUUUUUUUUGUCUGUGCAUGUCCAUAUUUAUUUUACAGAGUCAAAUCCUAAAAGUUAAAUUGCUUUGGUAAUAGAUUUCUAAAUUGCAUUUAGAAAGAUUAAUACAAGUGCUCUCAAUAAUUCUCUCUCAAACAGCAUAACCCAGUAAAGCAAUCUUUAAUGCGUAUAUAUUAGCUUAACUUGGGUCCUCUGUAAAAGCUCUCUUAACCACUGAGCCAUCUUUUGAGCUUUUUAAAAAUUCCUUACUUCUAAAAAAAGAAAAUAAUAAGUAAUGGGCUCAGGUUGGAUUGGAAUACAAGUCUUUUAAUGGUGGCUAUCAAACAUGGAGCUUUCUUUGCAUAUGUGAAGUGCUCUCAAACUCUGCUGCAUCCUUACUUUAUUUUUGAGCUCUGUAAAACAUAUAUUUCCAAUUCCAAGGAAUUACAGGGCUGGCUAGUUUGUUCCUAGUCUACAGAAAAAUACCCAAGGGAACUAGAAAUAACUAUUUGAUCUUUUUCCCAGUAUAAAGUAAUCUCCAUUAAAGAUCAAUCUGCAAUAAGGUGAGGGUUCACAGUGUACCUUUUCCUUUGAAUCUUGGGACAGCUUGCUAUUCCACAGAUGGCAACUUGUUCUAGCUACAUGUGGACAAACAGGUGAUGGAGGCAUAGACUGAAGAGGAAGGGAUGAGGAUAAAAGGCAGGAUUUAAAUGUGAUGAAGCUAGAGGGAAAGAGAGGAGGGUAAUGAAGCACCAAGCGUGAGUAAAUGGGGUAGUAAAUGGCAGAGUUUGGAAGUGAAAGGGGAAAGGAGGGAAAAGAGGCUAUAUCCAGUGGGGUAAGGUACUUGAGAAAAGUUGAGCAUAAACAUGGGUAGUAAUUGAGGGUGAACGUGCAGAGCAGAUUAUAUUGGAAGUAAGGGAAGGUGAGGUAAAGCAAAAGUUCCUGCUAGAUGCAGUUGAUGGAGAACAGUGCCAGUGAGUAAAGUGGUAUGGGCCAUCAAAGUAGACAGUGCUUGAAUGAAAGAAUGACGGGUACUUACAGGUAAUAAGGAAAUGUGGUAUCAAGAGUUAUAGUCAUAGGGCCUUGGGUUAAUGAUAAGCAAUUGGUGAAACCUGAGAGAAUCCCAUUAUGAGCACAGGUAUAUGAGAUGGAAACAACUUGUACUCUGGACUCAAUGCUCAACAAGGGGAACUCUGCUCUCCAUGUCCUUGCUUUUAUUUACACUUAACAUAUCUGAGGCCAUCACAUAUAAAAAAGGAGCAGAGAAUAAAAAUUUGAAUCUCUAAAGAUGGGAAAAAGGCAAAGACUCUGUAAAUUAUUAGAACAAAUGGAUUGAGCAAGGUUGUUAAAUACUAGCCCAAACUUUAGAAAUUAUCUUUUUACUAUCAAUAACCAUAAAAAAGGUAAUUCACUGGGGGAACAGAAACACAUAACGAGGUUAUUCAUUGAGAUUCUUGAAAGGCUUUGAAUGAGAUUAAUCUAUAAAUGUCUAGAAUGCAUUAGGAAAGGGGUGAUAAUAUCUGGAAUAAAGUGAAAAGACCAUGUAUCAGAUCCUGGGAGUGAGGAGAGCUAGGACCCACUCUCAAUCCUAAGCAGAAUAUGGUGUGCUUAACUGAAGAUGCCCUGUCACUGAAGGAAUUGGCUUCAGUAUGUUGGAAGUAGAAGAGCCCAGUAUCCUUUAAGGAGGUAUUAUGGCAAAGGAUUGAUACCCGCAAACCAGCUAAAUCUUUCUUCCAGUUACCACCCCAGUGUUUUUGGUGUUCUUAGUGUGCAUCCAGGACUCUUCCUCAACCUGAAGAACAUGUCUGCAUUGAGAACUUGUCACCCUUACAUAGACAUUAAAAUUUUGAGAGCACUGAUGUACACUUCAAGUACUCUCGUGGCUAAGAAAGGGACACCUUCAUGGCCCACACAACACAAACAGCCAUUUCCAUGUAUGGCAAUGAGAGAACAAAUGGUUCCUCUGAUGGCCACAGAAACAGAACACACACACACACACACACACACACACACACACACAGAGGCAAGAAACCAGCUACACAUGUGGGCCCAUAUAUCAUCUCUCCUAAUAUUUUUACUAGUGUAGAUGUUGUCCUCAGCAUCCAAGAUAAGUGGAAUGUCUUAACUAUGAAAACGUAAAGUAGGCAAAAUGGAGGAAAACAAAUGUACAAAGAUGAAUCCAAGAAAGUGGGUAUUUCUACGUUAUAACAGUAUGUAACAGUUCCCUUUUACUGAUUGUAUAUUUUCUUUUAAUUUCAGUCAACUCUGUUCUGAAAAUAUUGAAUGGAAAAAUUACAAAAAUGCUAUUUUAAAUUGA